CACAUGCAGGGAUGAGUUUACAUAGGGGCGGACCUUCAUGCGACGAAUGGUCACCUCACAGCCAAUGAACAACACUUCUAGUGUACAGCGAGCUGUAUAAGUUCAGAACCCCAUCAAAACCUUAUAAUUUCUUCGGUCGAAGAAAACGUACGUUGUGUGACCAUGACGCUGUAUUUGACGGUGUUUACACUGUACCUGAGUGCAGUGUUGGCUGCUCCUAAUUUGGACCCUCUGCUGGACGAACAUUGGGACUCAUGGAAAAACUGGCACAGUAAAAACUACCAUGAGAAGGAAGAAGGCUGGAGGCGAAUGAUUUGGGAAAAGAACUUGAAAAAGAUUGAAUUGCACAACCUUGAACAUUCCCUUGGCAAGCAUUCGUUCCGUCUAGGAAUGAACCAUUUUGGUGACAUGACGAAUGAGGAGUUCAGGCAACUCAUGAAUGGCUACGAGCACAAGGCUGAAAGGAAGUACAAGGGGUCUUUGUUCCUUGAACCUAACUUUCUUGAUGUUCCAAAAUCAGUUGACUGGAGAGAGAAGGGUUACGUAACUCCUGUGAAGGAUCAGGGUCAGUGUGGUUCUUGCUGGGCCUUCAGUAGCACUGGGGCCAUGGAGGGCCAGCAGUUCAGGAAGUCAGGCAAGCUGGUGUCCCUCAGUGAACAAAAUCUUGUGGACUGCUCUCGACCUGAGGGGAACCAGGGCUGCAAUGGUGGGCUUAUGGACCAAGCCUUCCAGUACAUUCAGGACAACAAUGGCCUAGACUCUGAAGAAUCCUACCCAUACCUGGCAACUGAUGACCAGCCCUGCCACUAUGACCCUCAGUACAACUCUGCCAAUGACACUGGCUUUGUGGAUAUUCCCAGUGGGAAAGAACGUGCUCUCAUGAAGGCUGUGGCUUCAGUUGGUCCUGUCUCUGUUGCCAUCGAUGCCAGUCACGAGUCCUUUCAGUUCUACCAAUCUGGAAUCUACUAUGACAAAGACUGCAGCAGUGAGGAGCUGGAUCACGGUGUUCUUGUUGUAGGUUAUGGCUUCCAAGGCCAGGAUGUAGAUGGCAAGAAGUACUGGAUUGUCAAGAACAGCUGGAGUGAGAAGUGGGGUGACAAAGGAUACAUCUACAUGGCCAAAGACAGGAAGAAUCACUGUGGAAUUGCCACAGCAGCAAGUUACCCACUGGUGUAAAUGCAAAGAUGAAUUCAGUUUUAGGAUAUCGGAGUGGUUUGACAGGGCCGUACCAACAUCCUAGCCUUAAAGAGGCCUGGGUACAAAUGUAACCAUGUAUGAUUAAUGUGGUUUAAUGAAACACUGUAAUAGGGAAUGUACGAAAUUCUGCUUUGUUUUUACUGAUUUUUAUUUCAUCAUUUUAUUUUUGUAGUAAUUGCUGCUACUACUACUGCUACUACUACUGUAAGUCUUUAAAUGUGAAUGGCCUUUUUAAUUUUUAUAAGUGCAAUGUAAAAAUGUUCAUUUUUAUAUAUGUGUACCAAUGGAAUCUUUUAUAAAUGGAUUUGUUUUAUUAUGUUGCUGCACAUUUAAAAUGGCAGAGGUGGUCCUUUGGCAUUCCAUUUACGAAUUGCAGUACAUUUGGAUGGUGUGGACAUUUUAUUUUCAUAAGAAUGUCCCUUUUGUUAAUUUGCACAAUUGUUUUCAUUCAGUGUACUCUCAAGUCAAAAGGCCAUUUCAAAUAUCAGGGAUAAUCUGAUGCCCGUAUGCCUAGUUUUCACUGUGAACUAUAAAUGACCUGCAUGUGUUGAAGCCUGAUCGUAUAAGUUUACAGGAAUUAUCUGUGCGCUCAUAAGUGUGAUUUUUUUCUGGCCCCUUUAAUGGAGACACAUUAUUGUGGGAUAUGACAAUUAUAUUGCAAGUGAGCUGUGAUGCAGUCCAUUGGCAUUACCUGUUUGAAUGUAGUGACUCUCCGUUUCCAAGGAAAUGUGAAUAAUACUAAUAAAAACAAGAUUCACAAAUAA